AUGGGCGACAUCCAAGACAACGAGAAGUCGGUUGCCGUCCACAAUGUUCCUGGUGGUCGCUCCGUCUCACCGGUGAACAUAGAGGAGCGGCGGGCCUCGGUGUCGUCCACCGCCGCCGCAAAGAGAAUCCUCGAGCAUAGCAAGGAUGCCGACGAGGCGAUGAAAGCUUUCGCCUCGGGCGAAGUUGUCGAGAUUGACGAGGCGACUAACAAGCGGCUGUUGCGCAUAAUUGACUGGCAUCUCAUGCCUCUGCUCUGCGUCGUGUAUGGGUUGAAUUACCUCGAUAAGACGACCUUGUCAUAUGCCAGCAUCAUGGGCAUCAAGACGGACAUCAACCUCGUGGGGGAUGACUACCAGUGGCUGUCCAGCAUGUUCUACUUUGGCUAUUUGGCUUGGGAGUAUCCCACAAAUCGACUGUUGCAGAGACUGCCACUUGCCAAAUACUCGGCCUUUUGUGUCGUGGGCUGGGGCGUGGUUCUGGCAUUGUUUGCUACCGUCUCCAACUUUGGCGGUGCUGUUGCUAUACGAUUCUUUCUCGGCGUGAUGGAAUCAGCCGUCACUCCAGGAUUCGCCCUGUUCACUUCUCAAUGGUAUACGAAGCGCGAGCAAGGCACCCGAACAGGCUUCUGGUUUUCCUUCAACGGCUUCGGCCAGAUCUUUGGUGGGCUCGUCGCGUAUGGGAUCGCCGUCGGCGCUCGCAAGCACGGGACUGCCAUUGCUCCCUGGAAAAUUGUUUUUCUCGUCAACGGCUGCCUGACCGCCGUGCUGGGGGUGGUGUUUUUCUUUGUCAUGCCUGACAACCAACUCAAUGCGCGGUGGUUGAAGCCUCGUGAUCGGGUGUUGGCCGUCGAAAGAGUGAGGAUCAACCAGCAGGGUAUCGGCAACAAGCACUUCAAGUGGUAUCAAUUGAAGGAAGCUCUGUUGGAUCCACUGACUUGGGCUUUCACCUUUUACGCCCUCACAGCCGAUAUCCCCAAUGGAGGCAUCAGCAACUUCUUUUCACAACUGAUUGUGUCCUUUGGCUAUACACCCGAGCAAUCUCUGCUGUACGGCACGCCUGGCGGCGCGGUCGAGGUCGUGGCCCUCAUGUUCUGUGGGUGGCUCGGCGAUCGCCUUGGUCAGCGGAUUCUGGUCUCGAUGGGAGGUCUGUGCGUCGCGAUGCUGGGCAUGAUCCUCAUUGUUGCGCUGCCCCUGAGCAACAACGCGGGCCGGCUUGCGGGUUAUUAUCUCACCCAAGCGUCUCCCACACCUUUUGUGGCUUUGCUCUCCCUCAUCGCCACCAACGUCGCCGGUUACACCAAGAAGACGACCGUGGCAGCAUUGUAUCUCGUCGGCUAUUGUGUCGGGAAUAUCAUCGGCCCACAAACCUUUAGACCAAAAGACUCUCCGCAGUAUAGGCCGGCUGAGAUUACCAUCCUUGUUUGCUGGGGCGCAUGUCUCCUGGACCUCGCUUUCAUUUGGUGGUAUUGUAAGAGGAUGAACAAGAAAAAGGAGCGGGAAAGGGCUGAGCCUGGAUACAUCAAGCUGGAAAACCAGGAGUAA